GUGUUUACGUUGGAACAGUGUACCAUUUUUUGUUUUCUUUUUCGUUUUUCCACAAUUUUCAUGGACGAGUCAGAACUACUGUUCAAUCUCUUCUAUCUGCUGCUAUGUAUGUGUAUCAUCUAUCCACCGGAAGAAUUUGGACGACUGGGCCUUACCAUUGAACAAUUGUUCUCGAAUUGGUUGGGCGAAGAACAUCUGCACUUUGUUCGCUAUCAUCAGAGACGUACCUCGUUGAAUCUCUUCAUCCACAGUUGUCUGCCGGCAAUCUAUUUUCUAAUACAUCGUUUUAAGUUCUCCGUCUUUACGGAAUACGAUGACACCGAAGAAGAGUCGGAGUUGGAUCCAGAUUUUCCAAUGCCCCAAGAAGCCGUGGCAUUUAAAACACUCACCUGGAAGGUGGCACAACGUUUUAGUUUGAUGGCAGUACUAGCUGUUCCAGCAUUGAUAUUCAAUUGGUAUCAACAGAAUUGGAAGCGGCAUCCCAUAACACAAACAUUACAAAAGUUUUCCAAUACCCCAAACAGUACAUCGGAUGUUGAAUCAGAUAUUGGUAAUGAAUUCCGCAGGCCGGAUAUUUAUAAAAAGAAAUUGAAUUCAAUAUCAACUGUGAUCGCUACCGAAAAUUGGAUUAUUAAAACCUCGCUGUACAAUGUCAAUUUUGCCCAUCAAAGUGAUACGGUUCUAAGUGUAGCUAAGACAGAAACAUACAACGUCUCACAGGAUACCAAUGACACCCUACAAAUGGUCAGUAUAAUGGUGAAAACAAAUCGUGCUGGUGUACCAGAUUUCCAUAUACGUAUCAAUGCUUUGGAAUUUCGUAAUCUCGAAGAGCGAAUAACCCGCCCCAUACUAAUACCAUCGAAUAUACAAUUUCAUCGUAAUGUUAUUGAUCGGUUUAUUGAUGUGUUCAAAGAGCAAGUCAGUCUUAAUCCCAUCUAUAAAGCUGAUCGUAUAGCGGAGAAAUGUUUCGCCUGUAUGGUUGCGGAACCCAACAUAAAAAUUCAUAAACAAUGUUUAGAUGUUGAUCGAAACGGUCAGCCGUUGAGUGCAGAUAAUUGUUGUACAAAUUGUUAUUGUCGUCCGAUGUGGUGUGUCGAAUGUUUGGCACGUUGGUUUGCCGCCCGACAAAACGAGCAUGAACGUGAAGUGUGGUUGGAGCAGAAAUGCACUUGUCCCAUGUGUAGGGCGAAAUUUUGUUUAUUAGAUGUAAGUUAUAUAGAAAAACUGUCUGUGGUGACACCGACCACACCAAGUGAUACAGAUGCACCGCCGACUAGUGGCAAUGAUGAUGAAACGUGA